AUGAGCGGAAGCAAUGCCGUCCAAAUCCGGGUCGGUAACUAUACGCUGCUGGAGACUCUGGGCGUCGGCUCCUUUGGCAAAGUCAAGCUGGCAGUUCACUCGCAGACAAACCACAAAGUGGCAGUCAAAAUCGUCAACCGGAGACGCAUUGCAUCUAUGGAUAUGGUCGGCCGUAUCAAGAGAGAAAUCCAGUACUUGAAGCUCCUGAGACAUCCACACAUCAUCAAACUAUACGAAGUCAUUACCACUCCUACUGAUAUCAUCAUGGUCAUGGAAUACGCAGGAGGAGAAUUGUUCAAUUAUAUAGUGGAGCGUGGUCGUAUGACAGAAGACGAUGCCAGACGAUUCUUUCAGCAAAUCAUUUGCGCUGUCGAGUUCUGUCAUCGGCAUAAGAUUGUGCAUAGGGAUCUGAAACCUGAAAACGUCCUCUUGGAUGAAUACAAUAACGUCAAGAUUGCUGAUUUCGGAUUAUCGAAUGUUAUGGCUGAUGGAGAUUUCCUUAAAACCAGUUGUGGUUCACCAAAUUAUGCAGCACCUGAAGUCAUAUCAGGUCGCUUAUACGCUGGUCCGGAAGUCGAUGUUUGGAGUUGUGGAGUCAUACUAUACGUGAUGUUAUGUGGAAGGCUGCCAUUUGAUGAUGAUUAUAUACCGAAUUUGUUCAAGAAGAUUAAUGGUGGAAUAUUCACCCUACCGUCAUUUCUGUCACCUUCAACACGUCAACUGUUAUCUGCAAUGUUAACUGUUGAUCCACUCAAGAGGAUAACGAUUGCUGAUAUACGGAAACUGGACUGGUUCAAUGUUGGAUUACCAGACUACCUGCAACCACUACCUGAUGCUGUAUAUGAUCCGCUGAUAGAGAUAGACCCGUCUAUAGUGGGAGAAUUGCAAAAGAAAAUGGGCUUUAGCAAAGAAACAAUAAAUUGGGCAUUAGGAGAAGCAGACAACAAUCAAAUCAAGGUCGCAUAUCAAUUGGUUGUUGAUUAUAGGAGGAUGAUGCAAGGAGCUCAUGCCCAACAGCAACAACUCAAGAAUUUGAAGGCUUUUUCGAUACCCGGGUCACCAUCAUGGAGUGCAAGAUCUGAUACGGAUGAACACCAGUCCCAUGUUCAACUGAUAUCAUCGAGUCUUGUCAAGAGAUCUGAAGCGUUAAAAGAUUCGAGCAGUGUGCAACCAAAAAGGCACAAAGGCUCAAGGUGGCAUUUCGGUAUUAGAUCAAGGUCACCACCAUUAGAUAUCAUGCUAGAGAUAUACCGUGCAUUGAGGAAUUGCAAUAUGAAAUGGAAAUCAAUAGACCCCUUCCACAUCCGCGCCAAACACACUUCACCCAACGGCCAGCAAGUGAAACUAGACAUCCAACUAUACCGAGUCGAGCAAGGCUCAUACCUCGUAGAUUUCAAAAACUCCACACCGUACGUAGUCGUAUCAUCACCAGACGACGAAGCAAUACCCAAAUUUGUUACUGGAUCAGUGUAUCUACCCCCACCGGAAGGUCCAGCUGGUGGUGCUUGGGCUGUAGAUGUGGAAGCAAACUUGUCAUCGUUUGCAUUUUUUGAUGCGUGCUGUAAAUUGAUUACCGAGUUGGCUAUUAGCGCUUGA